UCAGAGGCUAGACGGUCGGGCGCCGCGCGGGCCAUGGUGCAGCUCCGACCGCGCGCGUCCCGCACUCCGGCGUCGGCGAUGGUGGACGAGGGCCAGCCCGCCUCCGAGGAGGAGGAGGAGGGCGCGGAGCACGGCCUGCUGCUCGGGCAGCCCAGCAGCGGCGCGGCGGCGGAGCCGCUGGAGGAGGACGAUGAGGACGGGGACGACGAGCUCGACGACGAGGCCCCGGAGGAGCUGACUUUCGCCAGCGCCCAGGCGGAAGCUCGAGAGGAGGAGCGGCGGGUCCGGGAGUCGGUGCGCAGGGAUAAGACGCUGCUGAAGGAGAAGAGGAAGCGACGCGAGGAGCUGUUCAUCGAACAGAAGAAAAGAAAACUACUUCCAGAGGACGUUCUAGAGAAGUUAACUGCCGCCGGACAGACUGACAUAAAGAAAGCAUCAGGAAAGUUGAAAGAAGCUAAUUUGAAGAAGAAAAGUGAUGAAGACUAUGAAAAAGGAGGAGAUUCCAAGAACACUAAAGAAAAAGUACAAAAAAUACAGUCUGUUGGCCAGAAUAAAAGCUACUUGGCUGUAAGGCUGAAAGAUCAAGAUCUGAGAGAUUCAAGGCAACAAGCAGCAAAGGCCUUUAUACAAAAAUCUUUGUAUGGUCCGGGAACCAACAGAACUACUGUAAAUAAAUUCCUGUCUCUUGAAAAUAAGAGGUUACCAGUGAAAAAGGCUGCGGUCCAGUUUCUUAAUAAUGCUUGGGGGACCCAGAGAAAACAAAAUGCCAAGAGGUUUAAAAGACGGUGGAUGGUCAGAAAGAUGAAAACUCCUAAGUAGUAAAGCUAAAUGAAGAGUGAGAACUUGUACAUAUAGAACUUAGUUAUGUGGUGUAAAGAAUUCAUUUUUCUGAAAGUCUAAUAAAUCGUUUGUAAAUCACUGCAAAAA